UUUCUUUAGUAAACAAAUAACAGCUGUCAGUAAAAGUGUUCCAUCUCAGGAAAAAUAAAUUUUCCCAGUUUUCUGCGAAGAAAAUCACCAUUCUAACUAAGAAAAAGUGUAGUGAAAUCAUUAAUCUAUCAGAAUAAGUAAAAUACCGAGCCCAAGACAUGCGUCGCCGUGCAGGAAUUGGAGCAAUCCAGAAGCAGAAGUUGGAGGCAGAAAAGUACAAAGACAAGGGCUUUGAGAUCCAGGAGACGCAAUUUGAGGAGAUGUCUCGGCAGAUGGAAGUGUUUAGAACCAAUCUAGAGGAAUUUGCCAUGAAGCACAGAAGUGAAAUCAAGAAAAAUGCCCAAUUCCGGCGGCAGUUCCAGGAAAUGUGUGCAACGAUUGGAGUUGAUCCUUUGGUGUCCGGAAAGGGCUUCUGGAGCAUCCUGGGCAUGGGUGACUUCUACUACGAGCUGGCCAUUCAGGUGAUUGAGGUGUGUCUGGCAGCAAAUGAUGACACAGGUGGAUUGAUAGAGCUGGAUGAUCUCAAGAAGCGCCUCAAUGCCUCGAGGGGAGCCAAUAAACAAUCCAUCACGAAGGAUGACAUCCUAACAGCCACCAAGAAACUCAAAAUCUUCGGCAAUGGCUUCAAGGUACUGCCUGUGGGACCUAGUAAAUAUAUGAUUCAGUCAGUUCCUGGAGAACUGAGCCUGGAUACAACGGCUGUUCUUAAUAUUGCUGCAGCUGAGAAGGAAGGCUGCGUCACUCUCGUCAUGAUCAUCAGCAAAUUAGAUUGGACGGAAUUCCGAGCGAAACAAGUAAUGGACAAAAUAAUCGGUGAUGGCUUAGUGUGGAUUGAUCUUCAAGGUGAUACUCCAUGCUACUACUUCCCCAGCCUGUUCCCGAGGCAAUAGUCCAGGUGUUCCCUUGGACAUGCUGCCACAGCAGAUGUACUAACAAAGUCAUUAAGUUACUGGAAGAAUUUACCAUGUUUCACUGAGUUAACUUGCAAUUGUAAAUUGUUGAAAAUAAAUACCUUAUAUUGUAUAUUUUUUUAUUUAAAUAAAAAUAUAAAUUCUAACUAGA